UAUAUUUUUUUGUAGAUUAUUUUCAACACUCGAUUUGAAUUUGUAACUGGAAACCACUGCUCUACAACGGGCGUCACCAUGAGUAUGAGAAGUUCCAUUGCAAUGAAUGGCAAUCUCGCUGGUUAGUCCCAGCGAUCCCCUCAAAAAGAUUCGCAUCUUGUAAGCGAGCAGACGUGCAAAACAAACAGUCAAAUUAUGCAGAUUGUGUUUAUUAUCGUGUUAACGAGCUUAAUAGCGGCGGCAUCAGCCGGAUGGAGGAUACAGACGAUUGAUGACCUCAUGCGGAAUAGAAACAAGUGCGUCAAAAUUUUGGACAUGCAGGUCGAUCUUCAGGAAGACUACGGUUUGUUUGACUUUCCCGAUCGGGACUCGGCUAAAUGUGUCAUCAAAUGUAUUAUGAACAGAAUGGGGCUGUUUAACGACAAACGUGGCCCCCACGUAGGACGGCUUGUGAGGCAAAUGAAGUACGCUUCGGUGUCUACGACCAAGGAAAUUCGGGGUGAAAUUCUCAACUGUGCUUAUCAAGACAUGGAAAUGGAUCCGGAGGAUGUUUGCGAACGAGCCUACUCGCUGUAUCAGUGCAUUCAAAAUAGUAACCUCCUGCUAAUGAAGUCACCCGAAUCAACGAAGACUUAAUUGCCCUCGGCGACCCCUGUGACUUGGAACGAUUUCACACCGAAAAACUGUGUCAUUAGUGGUGAAAGCAAUCAUUUCCUUUAGUUUGAUAAGAACGGAACGAUCAUCGCAUGUUAUUUUAUUACUCCCUAUUGUGAUGGGAGUCAUAAGUAGUCGAUCACGCCACAUUCAUCUCCAUGGUCAGUAUUGAACGUAGCAGCAGCAGAAGUCAGCGCUCUCGAAGCAGGGUCCAGCAAUCAAGCGAUUGGAACGAUCACCGAAGAUUUGUUUUUCGAAUUCUGAAGAGCCUAUCUGGUGAUAAUAAAUUCACUCUGUGGAAGCAGAAUAGGUUCAGCGCGAAUACUCAUGAAACUUACAAUAGUCACUAUUAACCAUUUUGCUAUAUUCUAAUGUACCUUUUACUUUACUAUUUUUAUUCAGAACUAAUUUAGAUAAUAAACCAAAUGAUUGAUUUGAGAAAUAUAUGGGUUAAAUUAUACAACAAGUAACAUGACAAUUCAA